AUGGCCGUGUCCACCCUGUCCAUCUGCUCCAGCGCCCUGAGCUCCUGCUGGCAGGUGGAUGACUGCCCAGAGAGCUGCUGCGAGCCCCCCUGCCAUGCCCCCAGCGGCUGCACCCCGGCCCCCUGCCUGAACCUCGUCUGCACCCCAGUGAGCUGCGUGUCCAGCCCCUGCUGCCAACCAGCCUGCACCGGCCCCUGCACGGCCUCGUGCUGCCGGCAGUCUAGCUGCGAGCCCCCCUGCCACACCUGCUCCCCCUGCCAGCAGGCCUGCCGUGUGCCUGUCUGCUGCAAGCCUGCGUGCUGCACACCUGUUUGCUGCAAGCCUGUCUGCUGCACACCUGUGUGCUGCAAGCCCGUGUGCUGUGAGGCCGCCCCCUGCUCAGCCCCCUCGUGCUGCCAGCCCACCCCCUACCCCUCGUCCUGCCGCAGACCCUCCUCCUCCGUGUACCUGCUCUGCCGUCCCGUGUGCUCCCGCCCUGCCUGCUGCAUCCCUGCCUCACCUCCAGCCCAGAGAUUCCUGCUCACCUGGAGACCCCUGCAGCCUCCACCAGUGAAGGACGGCAGCGGGCAGCCAGCUCUCAACCCCAAGGAGGAAGGGCGAGUGUGGGAGCCCCCCUGCCGCACCUGCUCCCCCUGCCAGCAGGCCUGCUGUGUGCCUGUCUGUUGCAAACCUGUCUGCUGCACACCUGUCUGCUGCAAGCCCGUCUGUUACACACCUGCGUGCUGCGAGCCCGUGUGCUGUGAGGCCGCCCCCUGCUCAGCCCCCUCGUGCUGCCAGCCCACCCCCUGCCCCUUGUCCUGCCGCAGACCCUCCUCCUCCGCAGCCCUGCUCUGCUGCCCCGCCUGCUGCGUCCCCGCCUCAGGCACGUCCUGCUGCUGA